AUGGACUCAGUACGACCCAAAGCACCGAAAGCAUCAUUCAAAAGUCGCACGAUGCAAUUUGGACGUAUCGACAGUAGUUACCCUAGUCCGAACACGUACACGCUGCCAUUGCCGGACGUAUAUCGGCGGUCAAAAAAAUCAGCAUUCGUCAAUAAAAACGCAUCGCGUUUCAAAGUUGUAUCUGAGGCAGUACCGGCGCCGAAUACCUAUUCGUUACCCGCGACCGGCACCUAUAAGUAUGGACAGACUGUGCACUCAACCAUACAAAAUAGGCUGCUAGAGAAGAUUGAAAGUCGAGCGCCUCCGCCCAACAGGUACUACCUAUCCGCCACUAAUGGUCCAGCCAAAACGUUUGGACAGAAAGACUGUCACAAGCGUGCCGUUUACCUGACCGUCGAAGACCUGUGGUGUUGA